AUGGCCGUCACUGCGGCGUACGGAAACACAUCCAUAGAUCGUCCUCUUUUCAAUGAACUCCGUGUUGUGCCUUAUGAAAACUAUCCCAAGUCCGUGUUCGCUCAUUUCAUGGUGAGCAAUGUACAAUCAUGGACUCAAACGAAUUGGGAAAACGAAAUCAAGCUGGCCAAAGAUGCGCAUAUUGAUGCCUUUGCUUUGAAUAUCGCAAGCAAUCAAGCUCCCAAUAGUCAAGUGUGGAAUGCCUUUGCAGCUGCCGAGGCUGUAGGCUUCAAGCUUUUUUUCUCGUUUGACUACGCGGGUAAUGGGCCCUGGGCCAAAGAGGAUGUCAUAUCUUAUCUGCAGCGCGGCAUUCAGUCCUCGGCAUAUUUUAUUUACCGAGAGAUGCCUUUCGUUUCCACCUUUGAGGGGCCGGCCAGCGCACCCGACUGGGUCGAAAUCAAAAAGGAGAUUCCUUGCUGGUUUGUUCCUGACUGGUCCUCGCUGGGAGCCUCUCAGGCCUUGAGAAACUCACCGGGAGUGGCUAAUGGAUUAUUUAACUGGGGGGCCUGGCCCUGGGGUAACACAGACAUGGACACCUAUGUUGAUGCUUCCUAUCUGGAGUUCCUUGGGGACAAUACAUACAUGAUGCCGAUCUCGCCGUGGUUCUUCACUAAUCUUCCCGGUUACAACAAGAAUUGGUUGUGGAGAGGGGACGACUUGUGGUUUGAUCGAUGGGAACAGGCCAUGUUUGUCAAGCCAGACCUCAUUGAGAUCAUCACCUGGAACGACUAUGGCGAGUCACACUAUAUCGGACCACUUCACGAUGAAGCAUAUGAUGCCUUUGAUGUUGGAAAUGCGCCGUUCAACUUCGCCAAGAAUAUGCCCCAUGACGGCUGGCGUCUUUUCCUCCCGUUUCUGAUUGAUAUGUAUAAGCAUGGCCAGGGCUUGGUGACCCAGGAAGGACUCCAGGUCUGGUAUCGUCUGACUCCUGGAAAUGCUUGUGCAAGCGGGAACACAUCCGGAAAUACUGCACAGCAAUUGCAGAUUGAAUUCCCUCCCGCACAAGUCAUGCAAGACAAAGUCUUCUUCUCCGCGCUUCUGACAAGUCCUGCCGAUGUUACUGUUACUAUUGGGGGAGUUGCAGUGCCGGCAUCAUGGAGCAAGAGCCCGAGUAAGAAUGUGGGGAUAUACCAUGGCAGUGUGGCGUACAAUGGGCUAAGAGGGAAGGUUGUCGUCACGAUUUCGAGGAAUGGGCAGACCAUUGCGCAGGUGGACGGUGAGCCGAUCUCCUCCGAAUGUGCGCAGAGUGUCAUGAACUGGAAUGCCUGGGUUGGCAGCGCCUCGGCUCCCUCCCUGUUGUUCCCCGCUGUGGGCCCGAAUAUCUACAAUCAGAACUGUACCCAAGGCACCGGAGUGGGUGGUUUCAAGGGCCUUUGCGAGUUCACCUGCAGCUUGGGCUACUGUCCCAUUGGCGCAUGUCAAUGCUUGAAAAUGGGCCCGCCGCCCAAAUUGCCCCCCGCAACUGGUCAACCGGGCUAUCCCCUCGCCGGCGAAAGUGAGAGCUUCCGGGGUCUUUGCAGCUUUGCCUGUAACUACGGAUACUGCCCACCGUCGGCAUGUGGACCGACAAUCGAGAAGACCGUCAUCCCUACUGUCUCGCCUUUCCUUCCACCCGCCUGCACGGGAGGGACAGGAGAGGGAAACUGGAUGGGUCUCUGCAGCUACGCCUGCAAUUAUGGCUACUGCCCUGAAAUCGUAUGCACAUGCACAUCGACUGGCGUCCUUAACUUACCACCACCCACCACGAACAACUACGAUGCGUACCCGGUGGAGACGAACCUCGAUGGAGGUCUUUGCAAGUUUGCCUGUCAACGGGGAUACUGUCCUAGCAGCGCGUGCGUGAACUUCAACACAACCGGUUCUGGCCUUCCGCCCACCACUCCUUUGGAAGAGUGUGACGCCACAUUCUCGAGCCUGGAGGAUCUCGCAAACAGCGCUUCCACUAUUCCCUUCCACUGCCAGGGUCAGUACACGCUCGCUGUGCUCUCGCAAAUGUGGGACACCGUGCUAAAAAACUACACUGACCUGGUGAACGGCGGGUAUGAUGGCUACUUCUUGACGUACUCGGACGCCGUCGCCAAGUAUGGCUCUGAAUCGGUCCAUAAUUACAUGUACGACAAUGGCGACAAGUACUUCACUUGCAUUGUCACCGAAGCUGCACACUGCUGCAAGGCCUGUGGCCAAGGACGGGACUGCAAUUAUUGCUUUGACGGGGAUUGCUAUAAGAAUUGUCCGGCCAGGAUAUGCAGCAGAAACACGGAUUUGUCGAUUCCAAUCAUCAAAAUGGUUAACGCAUCAGAGCCAUGUCCUCCUAACUACUCCAAACGUGGGCCGGGUCCUGAUAAUCCUUACGUCCAGAGUGUGUACUGGACACUGGAAUCGUCCCAAAGCGACAACUUCUACGCCGACCUGCUAAAUAAUACUGGAAUUCCUAAGGACAAGAUCACCUUUGGGAAUUAUGAAAGGGGCAACACCUGCCCUCCUAGUGCAAAGCCAGAUGAUGAUUGCUGGGGGUUUGGAAUGGACUUCGGCAUACCAAUCCCCCAUGACUACACCGCUAGCGAUGUCACCAACCCCAAGGAUCUCAUCCAGAAAGCCGUCGAACGUUCGUCCAACCUCGGAUCACAGCUUCAGGAUACUCUUUUUGCCCUCUCAGUGGACGCUUGGAUCGGCGAUACGUCUGAGCUGAUUGACGCGGUCUCAAUGCCCGUGUUAAUGAUGGCCGAGGCCGUGGAACAAAUGGCCACGGUAGUUGAUCUUGCCAAAAAGAUAGAUGCAGAAAAGCGAAAAAUGUUUAUCUUGACUUUUCUCGGGGUCUUUUUCCUUCUGCUGCCGAUCGCAGGGGAGGUCCUGGAGGUGGGAGAAUUGGGUGUGAUCAUGGACCUUGUGAGCUUGGGCGGCAACACUGGGCUAGAUGUCUACACCAUCGUGGAUGAUCCGCAUAAUGCACCCCUGGCUAUUAUGAAUCUGAUAUUUGUGCCGGCCGCACUGUCAGAUGUGGUGACGAUCUCCAAGGCCGCAAACCUGCGCCGAGGCAUGGAUGAUCUCGAUAUUGCCAAAUUAGGUGAUAGGGUGGCGGGCCGUAUGGGUUUGAUUAAGAAGGUUACUGGUUCAUGUAGUGUUUGA